UUAACAUCGACACCUCUUGCUCCUGCACCGCACUCGCUUCAACACGCCAACGCGUGUCUAUAACCAUCAUCUGUCACGAACCGAUUUCGCAUAUCUGUUCGCAUACCCCUCCGUCCUUACGAGCCUCUGUUCCCGCUUUCACUGGUUGCGCGUACCGAGUACUUGGCUUAGGCCUAUCAUCCUUGCGAACUUUCACAAGGCCGCUGGCGGUAAAGGUAGGCGACUCUGCCCUCGAGGGUACUGUGCGUCUGUCGGCUGUCAUCAGCGGGAUAGGCUUUCGAUCGUUUACUAGGGUCGGGUACCCGGUGGCAGUGGCCAACAGAGAGCGCCGGAGUCAAGGCUGCUCUACUUGCAAAGCCUGGGCGGGUGGGUUCCCUUGCGCAUCGCGUUCGCUGCAGUUGCGCCAAGGGGGUUUUGGUAAGUUGCGCGUAUCGCUAACAAUAUGAACUUAAAUCUCGAUUUCAAGGCGCUUGCCUAUCCUGCAUCAACUUCCUCAGAUCCCGUGUCACCAUGCUCGUGCUCCCUUGUCUUCAGGUGUGAUGCGGUCUCAAGGCAGGCAACCGUCUUGCUCGUCGCUAGAAUAUCCACAAGGUGCGACACACAGGUGUACGCCCUGCAGUACGACGCCAACAACCUGCAAUGUGGAACUGCAAGACUUAGCAGUGGUCACAACCUCCCGCAGCCUCAGUCACACGAUCUCCUGCGAGACAGAAGCAACAAACACCUCGACAUCAAGACUCUUUCAUUCGACCUUGUUCAACAAUGUCCUCUCUGGUGUCCGGAUGCUGGAGCUUUUGGCCCCGCGCCCAAUCCUGAACUCGUCCAUCCGAUUUUCGAGCUUGCAAAAGCAACCUCAAUAAAUGUUGUGUUCGAUUACAAGCGUUUGCGCAAAGAACACCAGGGCAUGUUCAGGGCCUUCAGCAAAGCGGCGAGGGGUUUGCGCGGCUACCCAUGUGAGGAAUUGCUUACUGAUCAGGGAUUGAGAAAGGCGAGCUUGGAAGUCUUGAGUCCUGUUGUUACUACUGGGGCGCCCCCUCCCUACGAUCGCUCCCGUCAACGGCAAAGACUGACUACCCCCAGCCCCCCAAAAUCGCCCCCGCUCGAACCUGCCGUGCUCCAAUCGCCAACGGGAUCGCACUCGUCCGAAAAGACUAUACCUUUCAGUCCUGCCGCAGCGGAGUCGUUGGAGAGAGCACUUGGACAGGUGUCGCCAGCAUUUGACUUCCAGACUGCAGCCAUCAACGCCGCAGUCAGACAGCAAAUCUCAGCAUAUCUUGACCAACACCAGGCCGAGACUAUCAAAGCAGCCUUGAACAGGGAACCACUCAGUGAUGUCAUCAACGCUGCGGUCAGCAAAUACCUCGAGGAAAACUUGCCAACUAUACUUCCACAAAGUCUAGAACGCAUCAUUGCUGGCCCAUUGAAACCUCUCCUGGGCUCACCAGUCACCUCCUUCAGAUCCUUCGACUCUGUUGGCAACUGGUACCCAAAGCUCCCACCUCUAACACAGGUGGGCAAAAUCUUGAUCCCCCAUCUCCGCACCCACCUCGCUGAGCAAUUCCGUCGUGACCUAGCCCGUCGAGAGCAAUCUUUUGAGAAAACACUUGCUAAGAGAAUGUCUGAAGUGGAGAGCGAUGUGCAGGGAGCGUGCGAGGAAGAGAGGGAGAAGCUUCUUGAGGACAUUGGUGAUCAGCAGGCUGAUUUUGCUUUGUUGAAAACCGAUGUCAUGACAGAUCUCGAGAACGAGAUUGAUGUUCUAUUCAAGCAGAAACUGGAAAACUUCGAAGAUUUGAUUAAUGACAUGGAAGACCGGAUGUGUGACGCGUGUACCGAGACGUGUAUUAAAUUCAACACAGUAGGGUUGCAGAGGUUGAUCGCGCACGAGGUACGGAGGUACGAAAGAAGAAAGAGGAUGAAGAAGGGUGUGCAUAGAGGUGUUGGGAAGAUGAUAAGAGGGGGUACGAAGAGGUUGUUGGGGAAGAGGAGAAGAUCAGAGGAUGCAGAUUGGGUGGACUGUUGACAGCUGGGGGCAGCGGGCGGCGAUGAAGGGCUUAGCGGUAGGACGUCGGGCUUCUGGAUGAUCUACGGUGUUUCUAGACGCGUCUCUCCCUGCGUCAAACUGGCCAUAUGCCUCGCAUCAAUAUUCAUGCCACCGCACCUCAUGUACUCGAAUUUCAAAACCAUUGCCAGGCUGCAUGUGAGGCGAGACCAUAGCGAGACUUCCACCUUGUCCCGCCUCCUGUUGAU